AUGGCAGAGCAGUCCUGCCCGGCACCCACCGCCAGCCCUCCCCGGCAAGUCACGGCCCCCCACCUGGGUCCCACGGCCAGCCCCGCGCCCCCGGGGCCCCAAAGCCACCCCAGGGACAAGUGGAGCAAAAAAAUGGAUUUCCUCCUCUCGGUCAUCGGAUUCGCCGUCGAUCUGGGCAACGUCUGGCGGUUCCCUUACAUCUGCUACCAAAACGGAGGGGGAGCCUUUCUCAUCCCGUACACACUGAUGGCUGUUUUCGGAGGGGUGCCCCUCUUCUACAUGGAGCUGGCCCUGGGGCAGUUCCACAGGACGGGCGCCAUCCCCAUCUGGAAGCGCAUCUGCCCCAUCUUUAAAGGCAUCGGCUUUGCUAUUUGCAUCAUUGGCCUGUACGUCUCCUUCUACUACAACACCAUCAUCGCCUGGGCUCUCUACUACUUCUACUCGUCCUUCUCGGGCACCCUGCCCUGGGCGAGCUGUGACAACCCCUGGAACACACCAGCCUGCACCAACUACUUCGGGAGAAGCAAUGUGACCUGGACCAACUUCUCCAGGUCCCCUGCUGAAGAGUUUUAUACGAGGAAGGUCCUGGAGAUCCAGAAGUCUGGGGGUCUGUAUGACGUGGGGGGCAUCCGCUGGCAGCUGCUCCUCUGCCUCUUCCUCAUCUUUACCAUUGUCUACUUCAGCCUGUGGAAAGGGGUGAAAACCUCCGGGAAGGUGGUGUGGGUGACGGCCACGCUGCCCUAUGUCGUCCUCCUUGUCCUGCUGGUCCGGGGGGCCACCCUGCCCGGCGCCUGGAGGGGGGUCAUCUUCUACCUGCGCCCGGACUGGGGCAAGCUCCUGAGCACUGCGGUUUGGGUUGAUGCUGCUGCACAGAUUUUCUUCUCCUUGGGCCCUGGAUUCGGUGUCCUCCUUGCUUUGGCCAGUUACAACCAUUUCCACAACAACUGCUACCGGGACGCGCUCAUCACCAGCACCGUGAACUGCCUCACCAGCUUUCUCUCGGGCUUCGUCAUCUUCACUGUGCUGGGCUACAUGGCUGAGAUGAGGGACGUGGAGGUGGAGGAUGUUGCGAGAGACAAAGGGCCGAGCCUCCUUUUUAUCACCUACCCCGAAGCAAUUGCCAACAUGGUGGGAUCCACCUUCUUUGCCAUCAUAUUCUUCCUGAUGAUGAUAACGCUGGGGCUGGACAGCACGUUUGGGGGCUUGGAGGCUGUGAUCACGGCUGUGAUGGAUGAGUACCCUCAGGUCCUGGCCGGGCGACGGGAGCUCUUCGUCCUCGGCCUCAUCACAGUCUGUUUCCUGGGCUCCCUGAGCACCCUCACCUACGGGGGAGCCUAUGUGGUGAAGCUGCUGGAGGAGUUCGGUGCUGGCUGCUCAAUCCUGGCAGUGGUGCUGCUGGAAACGAUAGCUGUCUCCUGGUUUUAUGGGAUACAGAGGUUCUCCCACGAUGUGAAAGCCAUGCUGGGCUUCACUCCGGGGAUGUUCUGGAAGGUGUGCUGGGUCGCCGUCAGCCCUGCCUUGUUGGCAUUCAUAGUCAUCAGCUCCCUCCUGGACCAGCCACCUCUGAUGCUCUUCAACUACCAGUACCCCGAGUGGAGCAUCUCAGUGGGGUACCUCAUAGAAGCAUCGUCCUUCAUCUGCAUCCCCUUCUACAUGGUGUACAAGCUCGUCUGGACACCAGGGUCUCUCAAGCAGCGCCUCGCUGUCUGCAUUUGGCCGGAGAAAAAACCACGAGACCCCCGAGCAGACACAAAAGAAGUCCAGAAGAGAAACUGCUUGGCCCCUCGGGUGGCUGCCGGGACCACGCUGCUGCAGCAGGGCGGGCUGGUCCCUCCUGCUGCCUCGUCCCGGCUCUGGCCCCGCCAGGCGGGAGCUCUGCUGAGCCAGGAGGAUCGGCUGCGGGAGAAGUGGCGGUCUCUGGCAUCUGAAGAAGAAAAGGCCUUCACAGAACUCGUUUUACAAACAAAUAUCGGGGUCAGGGUGAAGCAGCCCUGGCGCUGGUGUGAACCAGCCACCUGCCGCCCGUCGCGGCUUCCCAGUCACGUCACAUCACUUCCAACGCGGCCCCACCGUUUCUCAGCACUUCACCGGGCCCACGAAACACUUUCCAGCACCCACGUUCACCUCGGCGCAGGCAAAGCGGCAGCUCCCAGCCGGCAUCCCAGCCGUGUGCCGGUCUGCGGCGGGGACCCCUCCCGGUGCCCCCUCGGCGGCUCCCGCUCUCCUUCAGGUGCUGCUGGGCAGCAUCCUCAGCGCCCUGCUGCUCACCAUCAUCCUCAUGGCCAUCUGCGUCUACAAGCCGGUCCGGCGGCGGUAACCGAGCGGGACCCGGCGGGUCCGUCGUGGAGAAGCGCUGCUGGUCCCGCCUGGUUCUCCCGCCUGGCACCCAGCCGUCCCACCGCCUCCCCCGCCCGCGACCGGGGACACCCCGAUGUUGCACGCACGGCUCUUCAUCCGCGCAACAUCGCGUGGUUCCAUCGGGAACGGCUCUUCAUCCGCGCGACGUCGGUGGCUCCAUCGUGA